AUGCAGUCCGGAGGAGAAAGCAUUAGUCUGGAGGAAGCUAACGCAGAGCUUAAACCAAUAGCGGUAGAAAUCGAAAGCAGGGAGCAUCAUUUCCGUAGCAGAGAAGAAGAAGGAGCAGAGAAGAAUAUGAGCAAAAGAAUGCAAGUGAAGGUACGAUCGAUGACCGGAGAGGAUGUAACGAUGAGGGCGAUUAUCGACCAAGGGUCGCAGGUAACAUCGAUAUCAGAGGAAGCUGCUCAGAUUCUUGGACUUCCACGGAUCAAAAAUAAUACCAUUAUUCAUGGACUGGGCAGCACGCCAGUGGGAGUAUCCAGACAUAAAGUUAAGAUAGAAGUGAAGCCUCGAUUUCUAAGCAACGAAAUCUUUCGCACAGAGGCAUUCGUGCUACCAUCAGUGAUGAGUGCUCAACCAGAGGAAUCAUUCGAGGUCAAUGUAGAAGAAUGGAACAAUUAUACAUUGGCAGAUCCGUUGUUUAACAAGUCAUACAGAGUGGACUUGAUCAUCGGUGGCGAUCUGUAUUCCGAGCUAAUGGAUGAAGGCCAGAGAAAGGAUAAUGGACCUUUUGCCCAGAAAACUAAAUUAGGUUGGAUUUUAUCCGGCAAGGUACAGCUGGAAAACAAGUCCCGAAGAUAUCAUUCAGCCGUGACUAAUUUGGAAAGAUUUUGGGAGAUCGAGGAGGUAGAAACGCCAGCAAGUCCGGCGGUGGAAGAUGACUGGUGUAUGCAGAUGUAUGAUGAAUCGACAGCAGUAGAAGAGGAUGGACGAAUAGUGGUGUCAUUGCCGUUGAAAGAAGAUAAAUCACUCGGUGAUUCCAAAAGUCUGGCAACAGCAAG